AUGGUUGUUGCAGAGUUCAAAUUUUGCAAUCAGACCGUCUCUCAUCCUGUUUCAUUUUCAGCUACUGUCAAGGAUAUGAUAAGUGUGGUGAAACAAAAGUGGCCUUAUGUUCCUGAAGAACUUAUACUUUUUGGUUACACUGUAGAUGGUAUUUCAAAUGUCAUCAAUCACGAUUUGGACUUGAGGUUUUUCAUUCACUACUGCAUCUCACAAGGGAUUGACUUGUUGAAGUUUAAAAUAAAGUUAAUUACCUAUGUUGAUUCUAUUCCUUCAUCAUAUUUUUCUGCUCCUGCUCCUGCUUCUUCGUCAUCAUCAAGUUGUAUUUCGAGUGAUGAGGUAGUUGUUGUUGAAGACAUCACUGAUGAUGCGUGUUUGAUCAAAAAGGUACCGAAGAAGUCUGAUGUUUGGGUCAACAUCUUAACUGGGGUAGGGCAGUUAUUUGAAGGUGGUAUUAAAGAAGUUAAGGAUAUUGUUACAAAGUAUGAAAUAAAUAGUGGUCACAAAUACAGAUUAGUUAAGAGUGACUUUGAACGAUACACUGUGGAGUGCAAGUUCAAGGAGGAGGAAAAUUGUCACUGGAGGAUGAGAAAAUCGUUUAUGAAGGAUAUCUUGGCAGAUGAUUUACGAGCAUCGAAGAAGAAGAAGACUGCUGCUGAUGUUAUAGAUUUAUUCCGAAAUGAAUAUGGAGUUGAUCUCACCUAUAGUCAGGCAUACCAUGGUUUAAACUUCACCAAGCAAUUUCUUUGGGGUGACGACAUCAAAUCUUAUUCAGACUUUGUUUGGUAUAAAGAUGCUAUUCAAUAUUACAAUCAUGGAAGUGUCGUCAAUAUCGAGUAUGAUAGUGUUACGCGUCAGUUCAAAAGGUUUUUUGUUGCUUUUGAAGCUUCCAUAACCGGUUUCAACAAUUACUGUCGUCCAAUGUUAUUUAUUGAUUGUACCUUUCUCACUGGGAUGUUCAAAGGUGGUCUUAUGGUUGCAUGCGGCAAAACUGAGAUCUAUCCAUUUGCAUUUGGACUUGUUCCUUGUGAAAAUUGUGAGAGUUGGCAAUGGUUCUUAACCAAUUUGAAUGGUAUUAUUCGUGAAGAUCGUCCACUGACCAUCAUAUCAGAUCGUGGAAUCGGCCUUUUGAAGCAUAUGCAUGAAGUCUUCCCAAAUUCUUACCAGUCCUUAUGUUUGUACCAUAUGAAAGAAAAUAUUCCUAUUCCAAAGGGCAAGAGCAUACAAACUGCAAUCAAGUUAUUCAAACAGUGCUACACUGCAUUAACAAAGGAAAUUUUUGUUGCUGCUGCGAAGAGUAUGAGUAAUAUAAAGUUGGAUUUAGUGGUUGCUUGGAUGAUGAAGAUUCCAUUAGAGAAAUGGGCUGCUCAUGCAUUUCCGGAAGAGAGGUGGGGUGAGAACACAUCUAAUAUUACUGAGAGUUUUAAUAAUGUUAUUAAGCGUCAUAAGCCGCUUACAGCACUUGAGCUAGUCGAUUCUAUCUGUGCUAAGGUAAUGGAGAAAAAUUACAAAAGGUUAUUGGAGUCUAACAACUGGACUACAGUGCUUACUCCUCGUACGCAAGCGAGGUUUAACAAGAGGAUAAACGACUGCCGUUCAUACAAGUUUCGUAGAUCAAGUGAGAAAGUAUUUGAGAUCAUUUCUCCAACAGGAAAGCAUGCCGUCGACUUGGAUUCUAGAACUUUCAGCUGA